AUGUGUCUCAUACGCCCUUUUCGAUACGCCUGCUGCGACCGAACCUACGUCGAAGUCUCCAAACUUGAUAGUAGCUGUCCCGAUGGAUGGCCGCUAGAGAAGUGUCCCGAAGAUCUAUGUCUUGUACAUGGUUCCAGAGUUAGAGAUCAACGGUGGUUGCUUCAGGGUACAUGCUGGAGAUGUCAAGCCAUGAGUGACGGGCUUGAAGGAGACGAUUACGAAGCUAGAAGACCACCUAUCGAUAACGCAUUUGUGGUUGAGGGUCUAGAGAAUUGUAGUCCAGAAGGACGACGAAGAAGAGCUGAACACGCUGGAAACUGUUGGUUUUGUGGUGCGAGCAGUGAUGGAGUUAGGGAUUGUGAAUCAUGUGACGGAACGGGAUGCGCACGCAAGGGCAAGAAUAAAGCUGUCGAAGAUGUACCUGAAUGCCCUGUUAAGAAGAAGCGUCGCAUAACUGCUACUGCUGUUGCUGGAGGAGGCAUUUCCAAGCCUAGAAGAGGUAGACCGCCUGGAGGCGGCAAGAAGAAGAAAUUGGCAGCAAUCAAAGAAGAGGGCCAAACGAAUCUAAUCUCGUCUUUCAUGGAAGCCAAUAACGCAUAUCAGCAAGGAGAGUUUCGUCCCGACAUUCCAGGAUCCUCAUACAACAACUAUUCUUGGCAAUCCGCUGAACAGAAUGGAGACCCUAGCUUACCUAGCUACGGCAUGGAUGUUGACGACGACCCCUAUGCAGGACAAUGCCAUGGCAUGCCUCUAUUCACAGAUCGGGCACCCCUUCACCAAUACGGUACCAUGGCAGAUUACGAAGUGAACCCGCAACAAGUAGAGAGCUCCACAAUGGGAUAUCAAGAUCAUCUCCAGUCCUCCAUUGAAUUUGAUCACGAGAGAUCACAUGGUGAAUUCAAUACUGGCGACGGCGGUGAAGGAGUAAGGUCCGAUAAUUUAGACACAUCUGAGAAUCAGUUUGUCUUUUCAGUUGGCUUGCAUCACAGUCAUGAUGCAACCUUUUUGACUCACAAUGACUUGCCCCAAUAUGCGGAUAGUUUGACAAUUUCUCCUUUAAAGGAGACAAACGAUGAGUUUGCAUCAGCUCAUGAUACGGAUAUGCAAUCCGUAGGCCCGGUCGCACAGGUUGCUCAAAUGACGGUCGAUCUGUUUACUCCCCAACCACAUUAUUUGCCCAGUCCCACUCUCUCAGAAGCUCAUAUUGCUCAGCAUGCCCCUCCUAACAAUUUCAUGGCAACCUCAACCUCAACUCCGGCUUCUGCUGUAACAGGCAAUACAUCUGCUAAUGCUUCUCUUCCUAUUUCGCGUAUCGCUACUCCUCCUUAG